UAACUGAAUCAAAUGCCCACAACACACUCCUGAGCUCGCACAGGCUUUCGCUGUGAAAGCCGGGUUACAGUAAUCAGUGUAGUUUAGUAUAAGUGUUAAAGGUGUGUGAUUUUAUCUGGAUUAAGGUGUGAAGAGGAUCGAUAUUCCAGAGCAGUGUGAGGAGGAGAAGGAGGAGCUGAUCUCUCUCAGUAUAGGAGUUCAGUCUGAGUUAUUUAGCGCUCUGUCACGGGUGAACAUGGCUGCGUUUGGAGAGAUGGGCGUGAUGCCUGAGAUCGCUCAGGCUGUUGAGGAGAUGGACUGGCUGUUGCCAACAGACAUUCAAGCUGAGUCUAUUCCACUGAUUCUUGGUGGAGGAGAUGUUCUUAUGGCUGCUGAGACUGGGAGCGGAAAAACUGGGGCGUUCAGCAUCCCAGUGAUCCAGAUCGUGUAUGAAACAUUAAAGGAUCAGCAGGAGGGGAAGAAGGGUCGUGCUGCAGUGAAGACAGGAGGAGCAGUGUUUAAUAAGUGGCAGAUGAACCCAUAUGACAGAAGCCCAGCAUUUGCUAUUGGCCCAGAUGGACUUUGCUGCCAAAGCAGAGAGUUUAAGGAGUGGCAUGGCUGUCGUUCCACCAAAGCUGUGACUAAGGGCAAAUAUUACUAUGAAGUCUCCUGUCACGACCAAGGGUUGUGCAGAAUUGGUUGGUCCACUAGCCAGGCUGCAUUAGACUUGGGUACGGACAAGUAUGGCUUUGGCUUUGGAGGUACCGGGAAAAAAUCCCACAAUAAGCAGUUUGACAGUUACGGAGAGGAGUUUACUAUGCAUGACACCAUCGGAUGCUACAUAGACAUGGACAAGGGCCAUGUGUCAUUUUCUAAAAAUGGAAAUGAUCUUGGCUUGGCCUUUGAGAUUCCACAAAACCUGAGAAGCCAGCCAUUCUUUGCCUCCUGUGUGCUCAAGAAUGCUGAACUAAAGUUUAAUUUUGGAGGAGAGCCAUUUAAAAACGCCCCCAAAGAGGGCUUUAAGGCCUUGGACCAAGCGCCAGACGGACAUGUGGUCAAAUCAAGCCAAACUGGCAGUGCCACAGUGAGCCAGGUAAAAUCCAGCUCCAACUCUCCCAGAGCUCUUAUUAUCGAACCAUCGAAAGAGCUGGCCGAGCAGACCCUCAACAAUGUCAACCAGUUUAAGAAAUACGUGGAAAACCCCAAACUACGAGAUCUGCUGAUCAUUGGAGGAGUAGCAGCCAAAGAGCAGCUCUCUACUUUGGAAAGUGGGGUUGAUAUAGUUGUUGGCACACCAGGCAGACUGGAUGACCUCAUAUCUACAGGGAAGCUGGAUCUGUCCCAAGUCCGCUUCCUGGUUCUGGAUGAGUGUGACGGGCUUCUCUCAGCUGGGUACACUGACUUCAUCAUGAGGGUCUUCAACAAGAUCCCUCAGGUCACCUCAGAUGGAAAGAGGCUACAGGUCAUUGUAUGUUCGGCUACACUGCACUCAUUUGAUGUGAAGAAGCUCUCAGAGAAGAUCAUGCACUUCCCUACCUGGGUUGACCUGAAGGGGGAGGAUUCUGUCCCAGAGACUGUCCAUCAUGUGGUGGUGCCUAUCAACCCCAAAAAUGAUCGGCUUUGGGAGAGACUUGGCAAGAACCAUAUAAGGACUGAUGAGGUUCAUGCCAAAGACAACACAAGGCCUGGAGCUAACUCUGCAGAGAUGUGGUCAGAGGCCAUAAAGAUCCUGAAGGGAGAGUACGCAGUGCGGGCCAUCAAAGAGCACAAGAUGGACCAGGCCAUCGUCUUCUGCAGAACCAAGAUCGACUGCGACAACAUGGAGCAGUACUUCAUCCAGCAAGGAGGAGGUCCAGAUAAAAAGGGACAUCAGUUCUCAUGCGUCUGUCUCCAUGGUGACAGGAAGCCCAACGAGCGUAAAAACAACUUGGAGAGGUUCAAGAAACGUGAGGUGAGGUUGCUGAUUUGCACAGAUGUGGCUGCCAGAGGAAUCGACAUCCAUGGUGUUCCAUAUGUGAUUAAUGUGACUCUGCCAGAUGAGAAACAGAAUUAUGUGCAUCGCAUUGGAAGAGUUGGCAGAGCUGAGAGAAUGGGUCUAGCCAUUUCCCUGGUGGCCAUGGAAAAGGAAAAAGUGUGGUACCAUGUCUGUGCUAACAGAGGGCGAGGCUGUUCUAACACCAGACUGAAGGAAGAUGGAGGCUGCACUAUAUGGUACAAUGAAAAAGAGCUGUUGGGAGAUAUUGAGGAACACUUGAAGUGCACCAUUACGCAGUGUGAGCCGGACAUCAAAGUGCCUUUGGAUGAAUUUGAUGGCAAGGUCACCUACGGCCAGCGCAGAGCUGCAGGAGGUGGUCUCUAUAAGGGGCAUGUUGAUGUACUGGCUCCCACUGUACAAGAACUGGCUAAUCUUGAGCGGGAGGCACAAACCUCUUUCCUGCACCUGGGAUACCUCCCCAACCAGCUCUUCAAAGCUUUCUAAGCAGCACUUCUCCACACCAUAGACCAUUAGUGUUUAAAAGGAAGUUCAAACACUAAAUUAAGAGCUGUUUCAUUCAUGUUGUUAAAUUGUUAGAUUAAUAUAAAUAUUAAUCUAUGGUUUUUCUUCAUUUCAUUAUUUCAUUAGUAAUAUUCAAUAAGUAAUAAUUUUUUUGAAGGCCUUAAAAAGGUAUUAUUUUUUUUUUUUUUGUUGGUUGAUCUUGCACUCCUGUAAGACCUCUGAAGUGUCAAUUCUGCAAAAUAAACUGUUAACUGCA